UUAGUGUUUGUAUAAAGAGUAACUUAUUAGUAAUAUUUUCGACCAUAGGCAGUCGCUCAACAGUUUCAAUCGGUUGCGACCAUCCACAGCCGAUGUAAUGUUUGUGUAACAUUACGGGGGCCACCAUGAAGAAAAUUAACUUUAGUGCAGUUCUGAUCCUGUCCCUGAGUUUCCUGUGCUGUGUUUCCGCAAAAUGUGUCAUGUACGAUGAAUGUGCCGAAGUCGGUGGAUUCAUGAAGCCCUGCCCCUACAACGACGACGCCCCGAGCUUGCUGCAAAAUCUCUCUGAGGAGGACCGAGCCGAAGUCCUGAGAAUCGUCGAAACGAGGUGCCCGUUUCUGCUCUACGACGCGGAAGGAAAUAGAUUAGCCGAUAAUGACAUCACCACGUGCUGCAGCAGAACACAACUCGUGAAAAUGGAGGAGAGCUUGCUACUGGCCGACAGCAUACUGGGCAGGUGUCCCCGGUGCUUAAGGAAUUUCGCCCGGCAGAUCUGCGAAAUGAACUGCUCGCCCGAUCAGGCGCGUUUCGUCGACGUCGAGGUUGAAACCGACGGCAACGGCAUCGACUACGUCAACGUGAUCAAUUACAGGAUGCACGAGGACUUCAUGGUCAACGCUCACAACUCGUGCGCCGGCGUGAUCGUGCCGCAGACCGGUAUGCCGGCCAUCAACCUCAUGUGCGGUAACGCGCCCGUGUGCGACGCGGACGCCUGGUUCGGAUUCAGCGGAGACCAAUCUGUCAACCCCCUGGCACCCGUCCAAGUGAACUUCCUAAGAAUGCAAACUGAAGAAAAUUCUAUGAACGCCGAGGCACCGCUGUGUUAUGAAACAGAGGAGGGUGAUAUUCCUUGCAGUUGCAUAGAUUGUAUCGCGACCUGUCCGACGGGCAACGAGCCCUCGCUGCCCGACAUUUGCACCGUGUUCUCUGUGAAUUGCAUCGGGUUCUCCAUGGGAAUCGUGUGGUUCGCCAUAUCGGUUACCAUAUUCACCGCUCUGGCGAUGGUCGAGAGGAAGAGGCUUCAAAACGCAACCCUAGUGAAUGACGGCAAAAAAUACAAGUUCAAGGUAAAUAAGGUUACGAGGUUUUUCCAAAAAGUAUUCGGAGUCCUCGGAGCUUACUCGGCGGGGAGUCCCGUACUAGUCCUAAUGUUAUCCAGCUGGGUCGUUAUAUACCUGUGCAUGGGAAUAUUCGAGGUGAACAUGACCUCCUCUCCGCUGGAGCUGUGGUCGGACCCAGAAUCUCGUUCCAGGCAGGAACUCAACUAUUUCAACUCAAGAUUCGGCCCGUUCUAUCGCGCUUCUCAAGUGUUCCUCACUGUCAGGCUGGACGGUUUUACUGUCGAUAAUACGACCUACGGCCCAGCUUAUAGAGUCGAAGCGAUCGAGGAACUCAUUAAGCUAGAGGACGCCAUUAUGAACAUAGGAAGAGAUAGCGGCGGCGUUAAACUAGAAAACGUAUGUUUUGCUCCCCUCCGUGCCAGAGAUGAUGAAGAGAAAUUGUCGGAUUGUACCACAAUGUCUGUCGGCACCUAUUUCCCCAGUAGAGUUAUCAAUAACGAAACAUAUUUGACUCAAAUCCAAAAUUGUUUGAACAAUUAUCUCUCGUUUGGCUGCAUAGCGGAAUGGGGCGGUGGAGCUGACCCCGAAAUAGUCGUGGGAGGAUACGAGGACAACAUAUUAAUGGCGAAUACGUUGCUCCUAAAUUUCCCGAUCACUAAUAAGCUUAACGCGGAAGAAUUGGAACCAGUUAUGGAGUGGGAGAAACAUUUCAUUGACCUAAUGCACGAUUAUCAAGAAAACUGGAAAUCUGACUUCAUAGACGUCGCCUUCGGGGCGGAGAGGUCAAUCGAAGACGAGAUUCAAAGAGUUUCUGAAGCGGAAGCUAUACCCAUUGCUAUCAGUUAUAUACUCAUGUUUAUAUACGUUAUAUUAGCGUUGGGUAACAUCCGAAGUCUAAAGUCAUGUUUAACUGAAGGUAAAAUAAGUGUAGCUAUAGCGUCUAUAUUUGUCGUGCUGAUGGCUAUCGCUUGUGCUCUAGGUAGUUUAGGGUACGCUGGAGUAACGAUUACGUUAUUAGCUGUAAAUGUCAUUCCAUUCUUCAUAUUAUCAGUCGGUGUAGAUAACGUUUUUCUAAUGGUGAAUACACUUCAGGACAUAGAAAAUAAUUUGAAAGAUGACCAAGACUACAAUGAGAAUUUCACUUUCGAAAAAAGGAAGAGUUAUGUUUUUUCUAAGAUGAUGAGUCAGAUAGGGCCUUCGAUGUUUGUAUCAUCUGUCACUCAAAUCACUUGUUUCGCAAUUGGAACUCUAGCGAAUUUCCCAGCAGUAAGAACCUUCGCUUUGUUUGCCACGGUAUCUUUAGGUAUGCUCUUCGUUUUCCAAAUAACAACGGUUGUCGCUAUUCUAGCAAUCGAUUACAAGAGGUCAAAACAAAACAGAUUUGACGUCUUUUGCUGCAUCCGAAGGAAGGUAUUGAAUGAUGAGCAACCACUGCAGGACGGCAGACCCUACCAGAGCGUGACUCGGCGGCUGAUGACGCCCUACGCCAAGUACCUACUCAACUGGAAAGUUAAAUUCGUUCUCUCUCUCUUGUUCAUGACAUUCUUGUCCAUCUGUAUUAUUUUGAUACCCCAAAUAGAGGUAGGCCUUGAUCAGGAGAUGGCUUUACCAAAAGACUCCUAUGUUUAUAAGUAUUUAGUAGCAGUCAACGAGUUGAUGGUGUUAGGUCCACCCAUUUACUUCGUUCUUAAAGGAGGUUUGGACUUCACUGAUCCAGAACACCAGAACGUUAUUUGUGGUAGUCAGAUGUGUCGCGACGAUUCCCUUACUACUCAAGUAUUUUUGGCAACACAGUACAGAGACAUCACCUACAUAAGUAGGAGUUCCAACUCCUGGCUAGAUGACUUCUUCGACUGGGCCACUUUGACCAACUCCUGUUGUAAAUACAACGUCACAGAUGGGAGUUUUUGUCCCAGUACCAGCAACUCACUUGAUUGCGUGUACUGCACCAUCGAUAGGGGAGACUACGCUAACGGUCUAAGGCCAGGUAGCGAAGCCUUCUACAAGUAUAUACCAUUCUUCCUGCAGGACGAGCCGAAUGAUGUUUGUACCAAGGGAGGUUUAGCUAGCUACUACAAUAACGUCAACUAUGUCCUCGACUCAGAGGGUCGAGCGAUCGUUCAGGAUACUAACUUCAUGGCGUACCAUUCCACCAUCGUCACGUCACAAGACUAUAUAUCCGCAGUACGAAAUGGGUAUGAAAUCAGUGAGUCCAUCACGGCUGUUAUCAGAGAGCAGACUGGAACAGACGUCGAGGUGUUCCCUUACUCAGUCUUUUACGUCUAUUUCGAGCAGUAUCUGACUAUGUGGGAGGACACUUUCUUAUUCAUUUCAUACUGCUUAAUCGGUACUUUUAUUAUUAAUUUGAUAGCUACUGGCUUCAACGUGCUUAUCUCCUUGGCGCUGAUAAUUUGUGUCUUCAUGAUCAUUGUUGAGAUGAUGGGUAUUAUGUACAUGUGGAAUAUCCCCCUAAACGCCGUGUCUUGUAUCAACCUGAUCGUCUCUAUCGGUAUAUCUGUGGAGUUCUGUAGUCACAUCGCUUACGCUUAUGCUACGAGUGAAGCGCCUCCUAAGGACAAGAUAGCUGAUGCUUUAAAGCGUGUUGGAGGUACUGUGAUCACGGGUAUUACCUUCACUAACAUACCUAUUAUUGUGUUAGCGUUCUCGUACACUGAAAUCAUUGAAGUCUUCUUCUUCAGAAUGUUGUUCAGCUUAGUCAUACUAGGUUUCCUACAUGGCAUGGUUUUCUUCCCAGUGUUGCUAAGUUACAUAAACGAUAUAAAAUAUAGAUAGU